AGAACAAAGAGAAUAAAAAAAAAGGUAGCUAUUUGUCCAACGACAAUAGUUUAUUCUUAUUUGGGGGCUCAGCCAGAUGUUGUUCAAAUGACCAAAUGAAAUGGGUCGUAAAGAAACGCAUUAUCUGCAUACAUUAAAUUGCGACGCAAUGGCUCAACAAGGCAUUAAAGUGCGGCCGGUGCUGCUAAAGCGGAACAGCCUGGAUUCGGUAGAUUUUCAGAGGCGGCCCCACCAUCGCCGGAGCAAAUCUCAACAAGUCCGAUUCAAAGAUGAUGGAACGGACAAUGCACCACUGACAGAAUCAGAUCUGGAGACAGCAGCUACUCGAGAUUCGUAUGCAUUGGAUAAAAUAAAAGCAUCGCAACCGCACAUUCACAACCAAGCAAACAAUUCCCUUGAUUCCCCUUCCUCUCAUACGGGAUUACAAAAUAUUGCCAUACAGACUUCUCCAAGUCUCAGAAAACACUUCCCCGUAUUUAAAAAGAAAAGAAUUACAGCAAGCAAGUCCUUAAUUGAAAUGCCAAAGGCGUCUGAAUAUUCUGUUCAAGUAAAUGGCAGUCUUUCGGAACAGGAUGUCAUCUCUCCCAGUCUCUCAUACUUAAGCAUCAAUCGGCAUUUAGGUGAUGGACCAAAAGCCGCCACCACAGCCAAUUUGCUGUUUAAAAGGGUGCCUAAAGCACAAAGCAAUGGGCCUAUCUAUUUGGGUUCAGAUAAAUUUGCAAUACUGGAAAAAGCAACGGUUUCUACCCAGGUGCCUGAAUACACCCACGCGGGUUCUGAACAAGACAAUUUUCCCAUUUGUGGCCAAGGUACAGCUCUGAGACAAUCUGAUGAAAACUGUUCAGUGCAUACGGGCUCAGAAAAAUCUCUCCCCUGCAUCAGCUGCAACUGUAAUGAAACUAAUGUGGGUCAUGAUUCUUGUAAGGAAAAAAACUAUACUGAACUACUCGCCUCUAGUGAUGACGCUGGCACUAAGGAAAUUAUCCCAUCCUCACCUCAGUUAUGCCACAGUUCAUUACGCUGCUCCCUCAGAGAACAUCAGCAACCAAUGCAGCAGAAAACAGACUCUGACCAUACGACACUGACUAAUAAUAACCAAACAAAAAAGUCGUUCGCUAGCAACAACGCAUUAUCUUCUGUUCCCUCCUGUCAAGCUGAAGCAGAGAACAUUUCUACCAAUACCGAAGUGCCACACUAUAACAACUACUUCGAAGGCUUUCACAUAAAUGCCUGUCUUCCAGAGGCUGAAAUGAAACCACAGAACGAAGACAUUAAACAAAUCAAUCAAAUCCACUUGGCCCACAGUGACAUGUGUGCGCUACGAGAUAGGCUCCAGUCCGUUGAGGAAUCCUUGCAGUCAAACCAGGAAAAGAUUAAAAUCCUUUUGAAUGUAAUUCAAGACAUGGAAAAGGCCAGAGCCCUCAAUGAAGGGCGGAACUUCUACCGCACUGGCCAAGAUCUCAACAAUUGCAGCACUUGCCAGAACACUGCAUGUAUCAUUUACAGUGUAGAACAUGACUUCAGACAGCAAGAAGGCAGGUUUCACCAAGUUCUGAAAACACUGGAUCAAGUGGAACAAUGUCCUACUGUAAUUUCUCUACAGAGACAACCAUCUGACCACCACCCAGCCCCUGAGAAACAAGAACUGAGAAGAAAGACGAAGAAAAAGAAAUGCUUCUGGUGGAUUUGAAAAGAACUGGCAUAGAACUCUCAAAUGCUAUAUUUGAGAGAGGGAAUGGUAUCAGUGGUCAAGAAGCUGGCAAUUUUUAACGAAUAAAAAGCUCGGGCUUGACAUUCAAGACUGUCAGAACAAGCUAUUAAAGAAAUCCAGCAAUAUAUUUCCUGAUGUUUUCCAGCCUUUGCAGUUCAUAUUUUAAGAUGCUAAUAUUUUGAAAUUUAUUUAUUAAAUG